AUGGUUUCCUGGCUUUUCGUUGCAGUAUUUGUUUGGCCCAUACCAAUACCUCAAAAUCCGUCCUACACAUCAGACGAUGUGACGAUCAUUCUGCCGACCAUUGCGGACGGUGGCGAUGCACUGGAGACCACUCUGCGGACUUGUCUGGCCACUGAGCCACGGGAGCUGAUACUGGUCACUGUUGAUGCGAAUGUGGAGAAUUUGGACAAGGUCGCCAAUGCGGUCAAUGCAAAGAAGAUCCGAGUGCUGAGCAUUCGGGAAGCGAACAAGCGGCGACAGAUGUGUCGAGCUAUCCCAGAGGUUACCACGAGGAUCACUGUCUUCGUCGACGAUGAUGUGAUCUGGCCUCAGAAGGUGCUGCACUGGAUGCUGGCACCUUUUGAGGAUGAGAAGAUGGGUGGCGUGGGUACCUCCCAACGUCUUAAAAGAACAGAGAAGACGAGUUACUGGAGCUUUCUCGGUGCCUGUUAUCUGGAAAGAAGGAACUUUGACUGCUCAGCGUGUCUUCACAUCGAUGGUGGUCUACCUUGCCUGUCUGGUCGAACAGUGGCUUACCGGACGGACAUAUUACAGGACGAGGCUUUCACGCAUGGCUUUACGCAUGAGGAGUGGAGGACAUGUCAGCUCAACGCUGACGAUGAUAACUUCAUCACCCGUUGGAUGUACUCGCAUGGCUGGAAAAUCGCAAUGCAGUACCAUAAGGAGGCGGAAGUGCAGACCACGCUAGAGGACUCACCAAAAUACAUCAGCCAGUGUUUGCGGUGGGUUCGCAGCAACUGGAGGAGUAACUUGACCAGCAUGUUUGUUGAAAGACAUUAUUGGUGGACACAGCCUUGGAGCACGUAUUCUGUGCUGCAGACGACUAUCACUGCAUGGGCUCUACCGUAUGAUAUCUUCAUGUUUUACUCAUGGUUCGAAGCAUCCUCGGGUUGGUCGCACGGGCAGCGUGUUGCGCUCUUCAGUCUCCUGGCGGCAUGGACAUUCAUUUUCAGUAAGACUGUCAAGCUCUGGGGACAUCUGUUCCGCAACCCGGCAGACGUCAUGCUACUCUGGGUAUACAUCGGCUUUGGCUACUUGCACGGUGGAAUCAAACUAUGGGGCCUUUUAACGUUGAGCGAGACAACCUGGGGCAGCAGAGAUGGUGCUGAUGCCGACAACCGUGUUCGCAUGAUCCGGCUUCCUCAGUAUGGCUCCGAUAUCCCUGAUGGUCGGAAGUCUGAAACUUUCGACCACCUCCAGCAGGAACCUCUACAAGAUCAGCUACCUGCAUAUGAUCCGCAGGUGCAUACUCCAAAUUCUCAAAUGACGAACAUUUAUCACGAUUAA